CAGAUAUUAUUCUCCUGCAGACGAUUGAAGCAACUCAAUAGAAACGUGGUGUACUGCAAGUAUUAAUAUAGGCUAUAUUCAAUGCAUUUGAUCAGGGCUUUUUUUGUUAUAAUAAUUCAGUAUCUGUUAAUCGAUGAUAGUUUAGACCAGUGGCAAGAUGCAAUACGGUUUCCUUAUAAUUUUAGCGGCUUUCAUCCACCACGUGAUAUAUAGUGGUAUCGUGUUUAGUUUCAAUAUUCUGCACGUCUAUAUUGUUGAAGAAUAUAAAACUACUGCAACGAUGUCAGGUCUUACUGGUACCAUUGGAUUGUCAGUGUAUCACCUAGCGUCGCUCUUAUCAUCCACCGUAUUUACAAGAAUUGGUCACAGGCGGGCCGUAAUCGUAGGCGUCCUACUUAGCUGCACCGGUCUGUUCAUGUCAGCAUUUGUUACGACAAUCCAGCUACUAUGGGUGUCCUUUGGUGUGUUUACAGCUGGCGGCGGUUCGUUAGUAACGCUAACCUGCAUGAAUAUGGCUGUAGUCUAUUACCCUGGAAGUUUUUGUAAACGCGUGAUUUGUUUAGUUUGUGUGAUGGUCCUUCCGUUAAUAAUUGAAACACUUUUGUUGUCGCUCGGUUGGAAAGCUUCGAUUCUUGUUCUAGCAUCAUCCUUUUUGUUUGUUGGUGUUGCCUUAGCGUUUAUUUAUCGCCUACCAGAGGAUACGUCAACGAAAGAUAAUCAAGAGCAACAUGAUAAUAAAGAACAAAUGGAAAAAUUAAAUGAAGAUAUGACACCAACUGAAUCAUCUCUUUCAUCUACAUCGCCGUCGUCACUGAAAAUACAAUUGUGGAUCUAUGUAAAAAUGUUCAGCAGAGUGGAAUGUUGGCUUCUUUCGAUCGGGUUCUUUAUCACCGCAGUCACAAUUACCUUUACUUUUGUUAAUAUGGGCAGUUUGAUGAAAAGUAAUGCUAUUGGCGAAAGCAAAAUCACUUAUAUUCUAACACUGAUGGGAGUUGCAGAUUUGGUUACAAGAGUUUUAUUGAGUGCUGCUGUUAGUCAUUUACCAAUUUCCACCACACUAGCUUUCAGUUUAACCAGUAUUCUUGCAACUAUACCAACCUAUUUAUUGACAGUUUUUGGAUCAUAUACCGGAAUGUUCACACUAUCAAUGUUGAUAUCUGUUGCAAGAACAAUAUUGUACAGUCUGGUUCUAACUGUUUGUGUAGAAGUGUUUGGUGUUCGCUUUGCAGGACAAUCCAUCGGAAUCGCAUAUGCUGUCAUAGGAGUAGGAUCGUUAUCAUCAACGUUUGUGUCAGAUGUGAUGUACGUCAAGACAGGAUCUUAUCAAGAAUCUCUCUACCUUUGUGUUGGACACACGGUAUCGUCAUAAAAGUCACGUACUAUUGUCGGAUAAAUGUGAAGAAUCUUCUGAUAAAAAAGAAUCGUUUUUAUAGUCAAAGUCUCCCGAUUUAUAUGUUGUACGAGUGCAAAAUAAGAACAAAAAAGUAUUGAAGUUUAUUCUUGUUUGAGUUGUCAAAGCUUUAAACGACAGGUUUCAUGUGACUCAGGCUAUCGCGCCCCACCCGGACCUCCUUGUUAUUGUAAUAUUCUCAGACUUAAAUAUUUCAUGACAGUCGCAUAACAGGGCCCGCCCCCCCCCCCCCCAACCUUUUGGGAGGUAGAAAAAAAAAAAGAAAGAAAGAAAAAGAAAAAAAUGAU